CCUGAUACGGAAGCGGUACUCUACUUUGCUGACGACGAUAACUCGUACGAUCUACGACUCUUCGACCAAUGCAUCAGGAAUGUGAAACGUUUGGGGGUUUGGCCUGUAGGUCUCGUCGGUGGAGCUUGGGUUGAAGCCCCAAAAGUGGGCAAAAAUGGCCGAAUCGAAGCCUGGGAUGUUUUGUUUGCUCCACGUCGAGAAUUUGCCACGGAUAUGGCUGGAUUUGCCCUACAUAUCAAAGAACUCUUUCGAGUUCGGAAGUAA